AUGCUGUGUCAGGCAACUCUACGUGUGAUGCCACGAUUUGAUGAUUUACUGAGCGCUGUGGCUAGCCCUGCUGUCGAUAUUCGUGUGUUAGAGGCCCGUGCGACGGCGCUGGCUACCGUAUGCUGGGCAUUGUAUCUGCCGUUCUCGCUCAUUAGUCAAAAGUACAGAGAGGCUAUGGGAGAACCGUUGCAACAAAUGGAUCGUCAUUUGGAUGCAUUACGUCAUGCCGCAGAAAUAGCUGAACGUGCCAAUCUUGGGAAGUUGGAGCUUGACUGGUCACAUCUCGAUGCGGUCGCGGAAAAUGUAGCGGCUGCGCAAGAAGCGGCUAGAGUUGUUACCGAAACAACACCGCUUGUUGAUCCAGCCGAAAACAUCACUACAGUGGGAGAUUCCGCGGCAGAUUCCGCUACUGGAAAGAAUUCGCCACCUGGAAAUGGCAAUCAUCCGAUUGAUCCCAGUGGAUAG